AUGGGUGACUCCGUGAUGAGAGAGUUUGGGCCUGCUGCUCCUUUUUUAAGAAAGUCAGAUAAGGAGCGUCUGGAGGCCCAGACCCGAAUCUUUGACAUGAAGAAGGAGUGCUUUGUGCCUGACGCUGAAGUUGAGUACGUGAAAGCAUCCAUCAUCAGUCGAGAUGGUGACAAAGUCACCGCCAACACUGAGUUUGGAAAGACUGUGACAGUGAAGGAGAGUGACGUUAACCCUCAGAAUCCGCCAAAGUUUGAUAAAAUUGAAGACAUGGCGAUGUUCACCUUCCUCCACGAGCCUGCUGUGCUGUUUAACCUCAAAGAGCGUUACGCAGCAUGGAUGAUCUAUACCUACUCCGGGCUCUUCUGUGUGACUGUCAACCCCUACAAGUGGCUGCCGGUCUACAACCAAGAAGUGGUUGUUGCCUACAGAGGAAAGAAGAGGGCUGAAGCUCCUCCUCACAUCUUCUCCAUCUCUGACAAUGCCUACCAGUACAUGCUGUCAGACAGAGAAAACCAGUCCAUCCUGAUCACCGGAGAAUCUGGUGCUGGGAAGACGGUCAACACCAAGCGUGUCAUUCAGUACUUUGCCAGCAUUGCUGCUGCCCCGGGUGUGAAGAAGGACGCAGCGGCUGAGAAGAAGGGGACCCUGGAGGAUCAAAUCAUCCAGGCUAACCCUGCUCUGGAGGCUUUUGGAAAUGCUAAGACCAUCAGGAAUGACAACUCCUCCAGAUUCGGUAAAUUCAUCAGGAUUCACUUCGACAACAGAGGAAAGCUGGCCUCAGCUGACAUUGAGACUUACCUUCUGGAGAAGUCUCGUGUGACCUAUCAGCUCAAAGCUGAGAGGGACUACCACAUCUUCUACCAGAUCUUGUCUCAGCAAAAGCCUGAGCUUCUGGAAAUGUUGCUCAUCACCAACAACCCCUACGACUACGCCUUCAUCUCCCAAGGAGAGACGACUGUAGCCUCCAUCAAUGACUCUGAGGAGCUGAUUGCCACUGAUGACGCCUUUGACGUGCUGGGCUUCACUCAAGAAGAGAAGAACGGCAUUUACAAGCUGACCGGUGCCAUCAUGCACUACGGUAACAUGAAGUUCAAGAACAAGCAGCGAGAGGAGCAGGCAGAGGCUGACGGCACUGAAGAUGCUGACAAAGUCGCAUAUCUGAUGGGCCUAAACUCUGCUGACCUCAUCAAAGGUCUCUGUCACCCAAGAGUCAAAGUAGGAAACGAGUGGGUCACCAAGGGACAGAACGUGAACCAGGUGUACUACGCUGUAAGUGCUCUGUCUAAGUCAGUGUACGAGAAGAUGUUUCUCUGGAUGGUGGUGAGGAUUAAUCAGUCCCUGGACACCAAGCAGCCUCGCCAAUACUUCAUUGGUGUGCUGGAUAUCGCUGGAUUUGAGAUCUUUGAUUUCAACACCUUUGAGCAGAUGUGCAUCAACUUCACCAAUGAAAAACUGCAACAGUUUUUCAACCACCACAUGUUUGUGCUGGAGCAGGAGGAGUACAAGAAAGAGGGCAUUGAAUGGGAGUUCAUUGACUUUGGGAUGGACUUACAGGCCUGUAUUGACCUUAUUGAAAAGCCCAUGGGUAUCAUGUCCAUCCUUGAAGAGGAGUGCAUGUUCCCAAAAGCCUCUGAUGCCACAUUUAAAGCCAAGCUCUACGACAACCAUCUGGGGAAAUCUGCAAACUUCCAGAAGCCCAGAGUUGUGAAGGGGAAACCAGAGGCCCAUUUCUCCCUGGUUCACUACGCUGGAACUGUAGAUUAUAACAUCAACAACUGGCUGGUGAAGAACAAGGAUCCUCUGAAUGAGACCGUGGUCGGUCUUUUCCAGAAAUCAAACCUGAAGCUUUUAGGGGUGCUGUUUGCUGGAUAUGCAGGAGCUGAGACUGCUCAAGAGUCUGGUGGAAAAGCCAAAGGUGGUAGCAAGAAAAAAGGUUCUUCAUUCCAAACUGUAUCAGCUCUGCACAGGGAGAACCUGAACAAGCUGAUGACCAACUUGAGGUCUACUCACCCUCACUUUGUGCGCUGCAUCAUCCCCAAUGAGACCAAGACUCCUGGGGCCAUGGAGAACCCUCUGGUGAUGCACCAGCUGCGCUGUAACGGUGUGCUGGAAGGCAUCAGGAUCUGCAGGAAGGGGUUCCCAAACAGGAUCCUCUACGGAGAUUUCAAACAGAGAUACCGUAUCUUGAACCCCAAUGCCAUCCCUGAGGGACAGUUUAUCGACAACAAGAAGGCUGCCGAGAAGCUGCUGGGUUCUCUUGAUAUUGACCAUAACCAGUACAAGCUGGGGCACACAAAGGUGUUCUUCAAAGCUGGACUGCUGGGUCUGCUGGAGGAGAUGAGAGAUGACCGACUGGCACUUAUCAUCACUGGCAUUCAAGCCCGGUCACGAGGUCUCCUGGCAAGAAUUGAAUUCCAGAAAAUCGUUGAACGAAGGGAUGCAUUGCUGGUGAUCCAGUGGAACAUCCGUGCCUUCAUGGGGGUCAAGAAUUGGCCCUGGAUGAUGAUGUUUUUCAAGAUCAAACCUCUGUUGAAGUCAGCAGAGACUGAAAAGGAGAUGGCCAACAUGAAAGAAGAGUUUACCAAACUCAAAGAGGCUUUCGCAAAAUCUGAAGCCCGCAGAAAGGAGCUGGAGGAGAAAAUGGUUACCCUUCUCCAAGAGAAGAAUGACCUGCAGCUCCAAGUUCAAUCUGAGCAAGAUAAUCUUGGUGAUGCAGAGGAAAGAUGUGAGGGGCUGAUCAAGAGCAAGAUACAGCUGGAAGCAAAAAUCAAAGAGCUGACAGAAAGACUGGAGGAUGAAGAGGAGAUGAACGCUGAACUGACAGCGAAGAAGAGGAAACUGGAGGAUGAGUCUUCUGAGUUGAAGAAGGACAUCGACGACUUAGAGUUAACUCUGGCUAAAGUCGAGAAGGAGAAGCACGCCACUGAGAACAAGGUUAAAAACCUGGUCGAAGAGAUGGCUGCUCAAGAUGAAAUCAUUGCUAAGCUGACCAAGGAGAAGAAAGCCUUGCAGGAAGCUCAUCAGCAAACACUGGAUGACCUGCAGAGUGAAGAAGACAAAGUCAACUCUCUGACCAAGGCCAAGACUAAGCUGGAACAGCAAGUGGAUGAUCUUGAAGGGUCCCUUGAGCAAGAGAAGAAAGUGCGAAUGGACCUUGAGAGAGCCAAGAGAAAGCUUGAAGGAGACCUUAAGCUGGCUCAGGAGACUAUCAUGGACCUGGAAAAUGACAAGCAACAACUUGAUGAGAGACUGAAAAAGAAAGAUUUUGAAACCAGCACACUCCUUGGUAAAAUCGAGGAUGAACAGGCAAUAAGUGCUCAGCUCCAGAAGAAACUGAAGGAGCUGCAGGCCCGCAUUGAGGAGCUGGAGGAAGAGCUCGAGGCAGAGCGAGCUGCCCGAGCUAAGGUGGAGAAGCAGAGAGCCGACCUGGCCAGAGAGCUGGAGGAGAUCAGUGAGAGACUGGAGGAGGCUGGAGGAGCAACAACUGCCCAGAUUGAGAUGAACAAGAAGAGGGAGGCAGAGUUCCUGAAGCUCCGCAGAGACCUCGAAGAGGCCACUCUGCAGCACGAAGCCACCACUGCCACGCUCAGGAAGAAACAGGCUGACAGUGUUGCUGACCUGGGAGAGCAGAUUGACAACCUGCAGAGAGUCAAGCAGAAACUGGAGAAGGAGAAGAGUGAGCUCAGACUGGAGCUGGAUGAUGUGGUCUCCAACAUGGAACAGAUUGUGAAAUCUAAGAAUAAUUUAGAGAAGAUGUGCAGGUCCCUGGAAGAUCAGAUGCAUGAAUAUAAAACAAAGUCAGAAGAGGGACAGCGUGCCAUCAAUGACUUCUUACUGCAGAGAGCAAAGCUUCAGACUGAAAACGGGGAACUUAUAAGGCAGCUUGAGGAGAAGGAUUCCCUGGUGUCUCAACUCACCAGAGGAAAACAGUCCUACACUCAACAAGUUGAAGACCUGAAGAGACAACUGGAGGAGGAAAUUAAGGCCAAGAAUGCUCUGGCUCAUGCAGUGCAGUCUUCUCGUCACGACUGUGACCUGCUCAGGGAGCAGUACGAGGAGGAGCAGGAGGCCAAGGCUGAACUCCAGCGCAGCAUGUCCAAGGCCAACUCUGAGGUGGCUCAGUGGAGAACCAAGUACGAAACUGAUGCCAUCCAGAGGACUGAGGAACUAGAGGAAGCCAAAAAGAAGCUGGCUCAGCGUCUGCAGGACGCAGAGGAGGCUGUAGAAGCAGUGAAUGCUAAAUGUUCCUCUCUGGAGAAGACCAAACACAGACUGCAGAAUGAGAUCGAAGAUCUCAUGGUGGAUGUGGAGAGGUCUAAUGCUGCUGCUGCUGCCCUGGACAAGAAGCAAAGAAACUUUGACAAGGUCUUGUCAGAAUGGAAACAAAAAUAUGAGGAGUCCCAAUCAGAGCUGGAGAGCUCUCAGAAGGAGGCAAGGUCUCUGAGCACUGAGCUCUUCAAACUGAAGAACUCCUAUGAAGAGUCUCUGGAGCAUCUGGAGACCAUGAAGAGAGAGAAUAAGAAUCUGCAGGAGGAAAUAUCUGACCUCACUUCACAACUUGGUGAGAGUGGGAAGAAUAUCCAUGAGCUGGAGAAGAUCCGAAAACAGCUGGAACAAGAGAAGUCUGAAAUUCAUACAGCUCUGGAGGAGGCUGAGGCCUCACUGGAACAUGAGGAAGGGAAGAUUCUCAGAGCUCAGCUUGAGUUCAACCAGGUCAAGGCUGAAAUUGAACGCAAGCUGGCAGAGAAAGAUGAAGAAAUGGAGCAAGCAAAGAGAAACCAGCAGAGAAUGGUGGAUACUCUUCAGAGCUCUCUUGAGGCUGAGACCCGCAGCAGGAAUGAGGCGCUCCGUUUGAAGAAGAAGAUGGAGGGAGACCUCAACGAGAUGGAGAUCCAGCUCAGCCAGGCUAACAGACAAGCUGCUGAGGCUCAGAAACAGCUCAAGGCUGUUCAUGCACAUCUCAAGGAUUCUCAGCUGCAGCUCGAUGAGUCUCUUCGAGCCCAUGAUGAGAUGAAGGAAAACAUUGCAAUUGUUGAGAGACGCAACAACCUGCUUCAAGCUGAAGUGGAGGAACUGAGGACCGCUCUUGAACAGACUGAGAGAUGUCGCAAACUUGCCGAGCAAGAGCUUCUGGACGUCAGUGAGAGGGUGCAGCUCCUGCACUCUCAGAACACCAGCCUGCUGAACCAAAAGAAGAAGCUGGAGGCAGACACCUCCCAGCUUCAAACUGAAGUGGAAGACGCGGUGCAGGAGUGCAGGAAUGCUGAGGAGAAGGCCAAGAAGGCCAUCACUGACGCUGCCAUGAUGGCAGAGGAGCUGAAGAAGGAACAGGACACCAGUGCUCACCUGGAGCGCAUGAAGAAGAACAUGGAGCAGACCAUCAAAGACCUGCAGCACCGUCUGGAUGAAGCUGAGCAGAUCGCCAUGAAGGGAGGGAAGAAGCAGGUGCAGAAGCUGGAGGCCAGGAUCAGAGAACUGGAAAAUGAGUUAGAGGCUGAGCAAAGGAAAUCCAGCGAUUCUGUCAAAGGAAUACGGAAGUAUGAGAGAAGAAUCAAAGAGUUGACCUAUCAGACUGAAGAGGAUCGUAAGAAUCUGGCUCGUCUGCAAGACUUGGUAGACAAACUACAGCUGAAAGUCAAAUCCUACAAGAGGACUGCAGAGGAGGCUGAGGAACAGGCCAACGGUAAUCUGACCAAGUUCCGUAAGCUUCAACAUGAGCUGGAUGAGGCUGAGGAGAGAGCCGACAUCGCUGAGACUCAGGUCAACAAGCUGCGUGCCAAGAGCCGUGAUGUGGGGUCAAAGAAAGGACAAGAAGAGGAAUGAAUGUCACAGAAAUGAACUGUUGUUUCUGAGGCACCUCAGGUCUAAAAAGUGUCUCCCUAAGCAUGUUGUUUGUUGAGUAGAAUAAAGUCAAUCUGCAUCUCAAA